AUGGGUGGCCAACCAGUUCGUCUUUACUCCAAAGGCCGUGUUCUCGGUUUCAAGCGUUCGAAACGCAAUCAAUCACCAAAUACGACGUUAAUCAGAAUUGAAGGUGUUUUGACUAAAGAAGAUACGCAAUACUAUCUAGGAAAGCAUGUAGCUUAUGUAUAUCGUGCUAAGCGUGAGAAAAACGGAAGUAAGAUUCGCGUCAUUUGGGGUCAUCGUUUAAUAUUUAGGCCUCACGGUAACGGCGGUGUUGUGAAAGCCAAAUUCAGAAAUAAUCUACCUCCAAAGAGCUUUGGUGCGAGUGUUCGAAUCCGCCUACUUCGUAUUCAUUUUCUUAAUUCAAAUAAACAACUUAUAAACUACAAAAAACUUGCUGACUUUUUAAUGAGUGCGACACAUAACGGAAGCUCGAAAAGUUUACCUGCUUUGCAUGGUGUUAAAAUCAAAACAAGAAAGAGCCUGCAAAAAGCUCAGGCAAAGUACGAACCUACUGUUUUUAGAGAAGGUAUUUUAAAAACACUUUCUAACGCUCAGCCUGGAGACUUUGACGAUAUUUAUCAACAACUGGACAACGCUGGUAAUACACUUGAAUAUAGAAAAUACGGUGAAACUUUAUUUGAAAUUCUCCUUACCGGUGGUGUACUAGCACCCGGCGGUACCAUUCUUGACGAUGGCGCACAACGCAGUCCAUUUUCUAUUUUCACAGCAGAAGAUAAUAUUGAAAGUGUCAAAAAGCAUGUUGAUGUUUUCAAUAAGCUAAUUGGCAGGCGCUACAAGUAUUUGCAGCGAAGUUUUGAGGAAACAAUCAAAAAUUUACUUCAAUACAUUAACAAAUGGAGUACUGAAGAGAAUAACAAACUUGCAACAGCUAUUGGCUUGUUUGUUUCUGGCCAACUGAUCAACAUUAAUGUUUUGACUGUUCUGUUCAAAGAACAUCUUGUCAAAGAAGGCCUCUCACUCCAGUUUGUUACCGCGGUGUUCAAGGCUUAUCUUAGUGAACAAAAUAUUGAUCAUUUAGGUAGUUCUCUCAAAAAGGCGGGAAUGGACAACAAACUUAUGGAAUUCUUUCCUCCUAACAAACGUGAUGAAGAAUAUUUUGCUCGUUAUUUUGAGGCUGAAGAUAUGAAACAGCUUGUUGAAUAUCACAAUCAAAAACAAAAAAAUUCAAUGAAAGAACAAACCAUUGAUCAUGUUAAAGAAAUGUUAAAAGCUGAAAACACCCCUGCAGAGGUUAUUACAUACCUCAAACAUCAAAUGAAGGAAGGUAGUUGGCAGGAAUCAGACUUUGUGAGGGUCGUUUGGGAAUCAAUGAUGCAAGCUGUUGACUGGGGUUCUCGUGCAGAACAAAUCGAAUCACAAGCCUUGCGUCAAGUUAAACAAUGUUCCACUAUUCUCGGCGCGUUUUCUACCAAUCCGAAGACAGAACUUGCACUCAUACAAAAGGUUCAAACAUAUUGUUAUGAAGAUACAAAAUUGAUGAAACAUUUUCGUCAAAUUGUACAAAUUCUAUAUGAUGAAGAUGUUGUCUCAGAAAGUGCUAUUUUAUAUUGGUUUGAAAAGGGUGCUGUAAAUAGUGGCAAGACGGUAUUUUUGAAACAAAUGGAGCCUUUAGUACAAUGGCUUAAAACCGUCGAUAGUGAGAGUGAAGAAGACUGA